CUUAGUAAAAGGGACCGUGUCCGCUCGCUUGCUCAGAGCCAUUUGAUGGUGCGGUUUACGGACGAGAGGGUGUGGGGCCCCGAUCCACUGGCCGACUCUACAGGCUCUGAUCCAUGGUUUCCCCUCUCGAGCUCGCCGUGUCUUCCUCCGAGGCACAGGUGCACUCCUCGGCGCAAUCGACCCCGAGCUCUCUCCUCCUCCUCCAAAAAUCCACCCCCUGACUUCAGGGUGUCUGGUUGGUUGACAAGGGGAUAUUUCUCCACCAAGCACGACCCGAGAACCGGGGAUGACUUCUUAAAGAGUGCGGAAAGUACAGGAUCGCAGAGCAAGGGAAAAAAACGACUUGAGCGAGAAGAACUGCGUAUCAAUCGGCCCUUGGCCCUGGAAAGACUCCCACAAAAAGAAAAAAAGAAAAAAACAUCCAAAAUGCCCACCUCCCACGCGGGCAUCGCCUCCGCCGACAUCCACGCCAAGAUCGAGCUCCUCAUCUCGGCCCUCGUCAACAUCCGCGACAGCACAGGCGAGUUCCUGCUGACCCUCCCGGACGGCCGCGUGAUCGACACCAAGGGCUGGCACGACUGGGAAUGGACGCACGGCAUCGGCCUGUACGGCAUCUGGCAGUACUACUGCCUGACCCAGUCCCCCCGCCACCUAGGAAUCAUCGAGGCCUGGUUCCGCGACCGCUUCGCCGCGGGCGGCACCACCAAGAACAUCAACACCAUGUCCGUCUUCCUGACCCUCGCCUGCGUGUACGAGCACACGGGCAACAAGCGCUACCUCCCCUGGCUGGACGGCUGGGCCGAGUGGGCGUACCACGACCUCGUGCGCACCAAGCACGGUGGCAUGCAGCACAUCACCUAUCUGGAAGAGAACCGGCAGCAGCUGUGGGACGACACGCUCAUGAUGACGGUGCUGCCGCUGGCCAAGAUCGGGCUGGUGCUGGGCAGGCCGCACUACGUCGACGAGGCCAAGCGCCAGUUCCUGCUGCAUAUCCAGUACCUGUUUGAUGCGAAGACGGGGCUGUUCUUCCACGGGUGGGAGUUCAACGAGACCGGGCCGGGGGGCCAUAACUUUGCUGAGGCGCGGUGGGCGCGGGGGAAUAGUUGGCUGACGAUUGCGAUUCCGGAGUUUUUGGAGUUGUUGAGUGAAGCCGGGGUGAGGGAUGUGGCGUUUGAGCAGGUGCUGCGCAGCACGCUGCAGGCGCAGUGCGAGGCGUUGAGGCCGCUGCAGAUUGCCGAGACGGGCCUGUGGCGCACGCUGUUGGACGUGCCCGAGUCGGAAGGGUCGUACCCGGAGGCGAGCGCCACGGCCGGGUUUGCGUACGGCGCGCUGAAGGGCCAGAGGAAGAAGUAUGUGGGCGGAGAGUUUGAGGAGAUGGCGGUCCGGGCGGUGAGGGGCGUGCUGGCGAAUGUCAGUGCCGAGGGGGAGCUGCUGAAUACCUCGUUCGGCACGGGCAUGGGCCGCGAUCUGCAGCAUUAUAAGGACAUUCCCGUUACGAGUAUGCCGUAUGGCCAGGCCAUGGCUAUCAUGGCGCUGGUCGAGUUUGCCAGGAGGUAUAUUUAGAGGGACAUAUGGUAGAUUAGAUAGGUAA